GUGAGAGAGAGAGAGAGAAAGAGAGAGAGGGUGACCAAACGGAGGGAGGGAGGGGGAAACGGCGUAUGCUUGUAUACAACCCUGAUUUCCAUUUUUUUCCCAACUCGUAAUGUAUUUAAUUCAAGUGAAACGUAAUCAUGACGUGUCGUGUCAUUAAUCUCCUCGCCGCCUCUCCCGAAAUUAUAGGAGAAGGCUGCAUCAGAAGAUUCCCCCCCCUCAACCGAGACACUAAAGAAUGGCAUAACUUCCCACACACUGCUGACAAUGGAUUCUCCACCAGAGUGUGUGCUGUCUCUUUCUUGUGAGCAGCCCCAGUCUCCCCCAACGCUCCCAUCUCUGGACCACAGUCCCCAAGCCUCCUCUCCUCUACCCCACAGCCCCGUUGUCCUGCCUAUUAACAGCCCAAAGCUUUACCCACAGAGCCCUGACACUACGCCAUAUUUCUCCCUCUCUCCCUGCCCUCCCCUUCAAGAGGACAGUAAUAACAAUUGCCUUGAUGUUGAUGAAGAAGACUGUGAAGAAGAGCUGGAUGGAAUCCCUUCUUCCCCGACCCCAGCAGUGGCAUUGUUCCCGGUAGGAGGUGGUCAAGAAGCUGGGUGCAGCCCUAGUUUUGAUUCCUCCCCUCCAGACACACCUUCAGCUCCAUUUCUUGGGUAUGGUGCCCUGGAGAUGGCCCUUUCUUCUGGGCAGAAUCGAAACUGCAGCGAUGAGCUAGACCUCCAGCUUUUCCAAAGGGAAACUGUCACGAGGGCCAUACCAGGACCUGGAGGAGCCUCAUCUGGGCCUGCCCUAAAGUUUCCCUGCCAUGUCUGUGGGAAGAGAUUCCGAUUCCAAAGCAUUUUGUCUCUUCAUGCUCGAGCUCACAGUCUGGACAGAGAUCGCAGAGCUUCUACCCUAUACCGAUCUAGAGCACCCUCAUCUCCCUUGAAACAGCACCUCAAGCAUCAGCCAAACCACAAUGACUUAAUCCCGAAUCACAGAAGUCAUCCUAAUAAGCGUUUACUGCCAAGAACUCUCAUCCAGCACCUCACAGAAGAAGAGGAUGUUAAUGAUGAUAAAGGUCUAAAUGAGGAUCUAAAGACAGUCCAGAACCCAAACUUUUCACUGGAUGACAGCACGCCUUUGACCCCUCCACUCACUGAGGACCCAGUGUCUGUUACCUCUCCAUACUCUACCACUGGUGAGGGGGCGGCUGUUUCCACUGCACCUACAUUUCGCUGCCAUGCCUGCAAGGGAAAGUUUCGCACAGCUUCAGAAUUGGCACGUCAUGUUAGCAUUCUCCACAAUCCUUAUAAAUGCACUCUUUGUCCUUUCUCUGCAAGCCAAGAAGAGAGUCUGGCAAGUCACUUGCAAGAGUGCCACCCUUCACCCGAGGCACCUGCGUUGACAACAGCCUUCAAUUGCAGGACCAUCACUGACACACCAGUUCCCACCCCAACACACACACCAGCCCCAACCCCAAGUAACACUCAGAUGCCAUCAGCUGCAUCCCCCGCACUGCCAGCGUUUCGUUGUGAUACGUGUGGCCAGAGAUUUACCCAGUCUUGGUUCCUGAAAGGACACAUGCGAAAGCACAAGGACUCUUUGGACCAUAAGUGCCAGGUUUGUGGCCGUGGUUUCAAGGAGCCUUGGUUUCUCAAAAACCACAUGAAAGUUCAUCUCAACAAGCUUGGCCUGAAGGCUGGCUUGGGAAGCCCUGGAGUACUGGCAGGUGGUGACGAGCAUUCCAAAAGCUCUGCUAGCAGUCAGUCGUUCAACAGUCUCUAUUCAAGCCUCCUUCUGGCUCAGCGAGGAGAACAAGUCAGAGGUAGACAGAAAAUAUCUGAUAGAGAAACUGGAGGCAGAGUUGAUAUGAGCUUAAGCAAGUCAGCCAUUCUGGGAUAUCUUGGCUUACCCAGUGAUGGCAGUGGUGCCAGUUGCAUGGAGAGACUUCAAGCAGUGGCUCAGGUGGCAGAGAUGGGAAAUAGUGGUGGUGUUGGCAACUCAGGAGGAGGAGACCAAGUUAGUGGAGGAGUAACCAUAAGAGGAGAUGAAAGUACAGCAACCAUUUCAGAAGGAGGGGACCAGUCAACUUGGUGGCAGUUGGUUGCUCGAAGUUUGGCAGUUGCUCAGCAGCAACAGCAGAGGCCCCAGCAGCGAGGUCAUCAGCAAGGUCAACGAUCCCAAAAUCGAAGUUCGGUGAUUGCUGAGGCAGACCAAGUCAGGGCCUAUCGGUCAACCCUGGACCCAAGAGGGGAGACAGGAGGGCCUUGGGAAUGCCCAGACUGUGGCAAGCUGUUCCGCAGCCUACAACAGGUGGUGGUGCAUGCUCGCGUUCAUGCUCAGAGGUCACAGAAAGGAGGCAGCAGCGAAGAGGAGGGGACUGGUAGUCGUAGGGCAAUGGGGCUGGGACGACGAGGUGGAAGUGAAGCGAGACCAGAACUUCAUCAUGGUGGAUCCCCGCAAAUGCGAGACGCGAGACAGGAAUCCAAACCAAACAGUGGUGGAUCUCAGCAAGCAGGAGCAGUCACAGGCUUUCAUACUGCCAUGUCAAACUUUAAAGGUGAAAAUGGCUUCACGGCAGUCUCCUCCUUGCCCUCAGUUCCCACCAGGGAGCGAGUGCGUGGCAGAGGGAUAAAAGACUGCCCCUACUGUGGCAAAGCUUUCCGCUCUUCGCACCAUCUCAAAGUGCACCUGAGAGUUCACACAGGUGAGAGACCGUAUAAAUGCCCUCACUGUGACUAUGCAGGCACUCAGUCGGGCUCUCUGAAGUACCACCUCCAGCGGCACCACAGGGAGCAACGCAAUGCCUUAUCAGCCUCCUCCAAUUCUUCCUCUGGUUUUACUUCCACAAUCAACACUUUGACAUCUGGAGCUUCUGGACCGGGCAAGCAGCGUCGAGCUCAACUCAAUCACUGCCCAAUCAAUCGAGGCCCAGCUGAUGCUCCUGUAUCACGGCCCAGCCAGCAGACCUGGCUUCUAGGUCUUCCAGACCAACGGGAGCAUCGGAAGGCUUUAGCAGCCUUAAGAGAUAUUGACUUGGAGACCCAGUACAGAUAUCUGUCAGGGGUGAUGGGAGCCCUUUACCAGGGUGGAAUGGAAGGAAGCUGGAUCAGGGAGUCUCCCCCACCAAAGACCCUUAAAGUGUCUCGGCGUAAGCCUCUCACUACAAGCCGAAUGGUCCAGCCACCAAGUGAUAAGGAUAGAGCUGUUUCAUCAAAUCAGGAUGGUGGGUUUGAACCUUUGGACCUUUCUCGACGCACCUCACCCAACCUUGGGGGGAUAGAGGAGAAUGAAAGCUUUAGCGUAGGGGAUGGAGGAGCUGUAUGCGGUGGGGACGGUGAGAGGGAGAGUUCAAUGGGUGUUAAACUGAGCCAAUGUUUGUUCUGCCCUUUUCAUACGUCAUCAGCAGAGCUGAUGGCCAUGCAUCUUCAAGUGAACCACACCAGUAAGUCCAGGCGUAAGAGGCGCUCCUCAACUUUCAUGAAUGAUGGUGGAGCUCAAAGGGCGAUUAAGCCACGAAUGGAGAACCCUGACUUUAACCCUCUGAGAAUUUGGAGUCAUGUCAAUGAGGUCCAGACCCUUAACGGUCACCCCGAGCCUACAGCAGAGCAUCUGGACGAUGCUCUUCACCACCCGGAGUCCCUGGCCUUUGUGUCAAAUAAUGUAAGAGAUGACGCAACUGUGAAAGAGAAGGAAGAGGAUGAGAGAGAUGAACACGAGGAGGAGUUUGAAGAAAAUUUGGACAACAGCAGUGUGGAGGAUUUGCAAGACCGAGACCUGAGGAUGUCUCUGGAUUUUUCACCAGCUUUGAGUUCUGCCCACAUGACAACGGAGGAAGAACGAGCUCUUUCAGAUUAAAGUUUUAUUUAAUGACCCCUUUUAAACUGGAUAACUAAACGUGUUUGAUGCAAAUGGCACAAGACUGGAGACCGGACGUGUCACUGAGAGACAAGGAACUGACUGCUAAUUGAAGCUUGGAACCCUUCUUACUAUUGUUUUCUGACAUUUUGAGAAAGAACACAAAGAAGAAGAAACAUGGUUGUGAAGAUUCUGGCAUCACGUGUCUACUUGAGUUGUGAUUGUCGAUUGCAAUUCAUACCUAAAUUCAAAAACCUGUACAAAGAAAAGUGCAUGGAUGCCACUUUUUUGGAUUUUUGUAGGUCACUUUUGUAUUUUCCUCCCCCUAAGAUCUGCUCCAAGGCGUGUGCUUUCUAAGGUUAUGUUCAAUUUCAUAAACAUCUGUUUAGGUCUUGAGGGAAGUCCUACAUCAUACCUGAGUCAAAUAUUUCAACCACAGGAGCAGUAUUAUUUGUUGACUACCAUAUUAGCCAAGUGUAAGCCAACUCUCCUGAAUGACCACUGAACAGUCAGGACACUGUCAGCUUCAGGUUCCUUCUCAAAGUGGGGCCAGGGGGUGCUUCAAUGCUAUUGGCUGUUAAUUUAAAGCAUGAGGUAACUGUUCCCUUGAUAUGUAUCACUGCCUUGUUUUUCUUCAAAGUGUUUCUCAAUGACUGUCCUAAAGAAAAACAAAUAGAAGAUUUUGUAAUUUUUUUGUUGUUAUCAGUUAGUGCCUGUUCACGUAUGUUGUCGAAAGAGUCUUUGGCAGAUAGAUCUUUCAUUUUAUCGGAUUAUACAUUAACAAACAAUUUAAGUACAAUAUAUUUGUUUAAAGUGGUUCUAGGGUGUUGUGAAUAGUUACGUUGUAAAAGAUAUGCUACAAAAUAGCGUAAUGUUUGUGGUACAGACUCUAGAUGUCUGUAUCUUUGUUUGAAAAGACUAAAAAAACGUAGACGAUAUAAUGUGAUUUUAAUGCUGAGUGAAAGAAAGACGUUACUGUUCAGAAUUUUGUGUUUAUGUGUUAUCGCGUUGUGAUUCAUCGACGCAAACAAAUCACGAAGAUAGGGUGUUUUUGAGAGGGGGAGGGCUGACACUCGAGCUCCUGAACACAAUCAGCUGGCACGUUGUUCUAAAGAGACUUUAACAACCAUGUCAUCUACAUGACGACACUUUUUCAUCUAAGAUAUGAACUAGAAAACGGAAAUACAAGACUGAAUCUCUGCCAGAUGAGACUAAAUUUGAGAGAUGUGUACGUUUUGGUUCUGGUGUCUUUUAGAUGAGUAGAUUCCCUCUUUUCUGUUUGUUUCUUUAAAAUAUAAAACAAAAAGAAAUGGUAGGAGUAAUUAUUAAAACACUAACACACGCAUAGACAUCCCAGUAGAAUAUGUGUAGCUUUUGUAAAGACAAGAAAAGCAAACAGAAUUUUGUUUAUUUUCAUUUCAAGAUGCUUACAGAAAAAGGUUAUCAAUAUAAGUAAUAUUGAUUAUAAUGUUUGUGAGCUAAGAAUAGUUGGAAUGUCUAUACAGAGCACUGUGCAAGGUUUGAGUUCCCUAAGUAGUUGUUUUUUGACUAUCCAUAGACCAAACUUUUUAUUUUUAUUUUACAAUGGCAGUUGUCACUUUCUGUUGUCAUUUUAAAUGUAUAAAUGUGUGGUUUUUAUUAGAUUUACCCCACCCAUUAGCAAACAAUUGAUCAGUGUCAUAUAUUUAUAUUAUUGAAUCAAUGAGAUAAAUUUAAAAAAAUCUAAGUGUCAUUUUGUGGAAAAAAAGAACACAAUCUACUGCUACAGACUAUGAAAAAUACAAUAUUUUAGCAUGAAUUCUUGUGAUUUGAAGGUAUUUUCAUGUAAAAGACCAGUCAUUUCUGUCCCUUCACACUGGCUAACUUCCACAAUUUAUCUGAUGGGGUAUAGAGUUACUGGAACCACAUUAUUGUUUUUAAAGUCUGUUUUUCUUUUUUGUUGUUUUAGAGCACCUUAUGAGUUUCGUAGUGUAAAGUCCCUUAGUGGUGUCUCCCAAACAACUACUAUCAAUGCCACUGUGCCUUCUGUUUCAAGCACUUCCUGGUGUAUUUUGUAAAACUCACCAAAAGCACUUAGCCUACAUCUACACACUUUCUCCCAUUUCACAUCUACUUAAUUUUUUUCCUGUCCUCCAUCACACUGACUAAUUUUCUUAAUCUUUUUCUCCUGACUGACCUAUUCUCUGGUGGAAUGCUGUUUUCACGUUAGUGUCUCCUGCUCAUCAGGCCCAAAAGGCCUUAAACAAGGUCGCUAGGCCUGAUUGUUAGCUGCUAGCAUGGCUAGUCUUGAAAAACAAUGAACAACAUAAAAAACUUAAAAUAAUAGUUUAGAUCUUUUAUAGGUAGCCUACGUCAUGACCAUGUACUUCCGGACCAUGGGUCCCCAAAGAAUGAAAAAAUGAAUGCAAGUCAAUGGGGCUAAAAACGCUAUUUGUUAAUUCCGUUUGUUAUGUCCCAUGGAUUUCACGUAAGAUGUCAGUGGAAUUUAAAGACGCAUUUUGAUACCAACAACGCUUAUUUUUGAACCGGGGGAAACAUUUUAGGUUAUGUGUUUUAAGGUCCAGGGGCCCCAUUUAUAAAGCUUGCUUACGGCCAAAACGGGGUCGGAAAACUGUGUUUGAAACUUUCCACUCAAACUUUGGGAUUUAUAAAAGAAAACUUAGCGGAAAAAUGUGCGCAACUUUAAGUUGACUAAGGACCUGGCUUAUGCACAUUUUGGACAUGGAGAGCACCUGCAUUCUGGGGAUCGAAUCCUGAUCGGACAAUUUUUCAUAUCUGCCACAGAUCUCUCUGAAGAGCUUACAGCAUCGACAGCUUCAGCAACGCUGUGCCAUUCUGUGGAUUUUCUCUUAUUUGUUUUGCAAAAGCACUUCCUUUCAUUUCUCCACCUAACCCACAGGUACCUCAAUUUCUGCUUGUGAAAUAGCGCUUCCUUGAUCUGCGGUGGCGAUUGAAACGCUGCAACGAGCCAGCUUAUGUAUAUGCAUGAGAUCCACAAGGCACUUUGCAUUGACCAUUUGUGGCAGAAAGUGGGUGUGUUGAGGGCGGGAUGUGACUAAAACGCAGUUGAGAAUCUUUCUCAUUAGUCUCUGAUUUAUAAAUCGGAGAUUGCGUGCAGCUGUGCGUACGCCAUGUUUUAUAGGUCACAAACCUACUUGGCGUAAGUAAUUUUUUUUGCUGAGCUUAAUCACGGUUUUAGUAAGGAUUCUACGCAACGUUUUAUAACUGAGACCCCAGGGCCACAAAUGCACAUCACCAAAGUGACGUCAUUGAACCAGACAUGGAGAAAGGGGAAAUGGCUGUAAGUUCAGCAAAUUUCAAGUCAUUCCUUCAGGAGGAAAGAACCACCAUAAAUAUGGUCAUGUGGUACGUAGCAGCUACGCUAGGCAUGAGGAGAUACUAUGGUGGCAUCAUAUAUGCGACAUGCCGAUGUCUUAUUUGUAGUCAUGCUAAUUACAAACUUUUACAAGCUGAUAAAUCUCAAAGUAUGUGACUGGGAUGGUCGAAACACACAUCAUUACUUUUCAUUUAAAUUGCAGUACAACAUAUAUGUGAUCAGGGCAUAAGGCAAAGCCAAUUAGAAAAUAGCUCUUUUAGUCCCACUGACUUGCAUUCAUUUUUUCGUUCUUUCAGGGACCCAUGAGCAGACUGGAAAGGGAGGAGACGUAGGCUCCCUAUAGUUAUAAAUAACAAAAUACGCUAAAGUAACACUAAGCACUUUCCUUCUCCUUCGCCCUAUUGGUUGAAAGUGGAAUUACCAAUGUUGUAAACCCUGCAACAGCCUGCUGUAGCUAGCCCUAACAACGAGCUAACAGAAGCAUGAGCCAACUAAUACUAAAACAAACCACAAAGGAAAAACAUCCACACUGUUGGACAAAAAAUAUUAUUACUUACAAGACUAGUAGCAUCAAAGCCAGGUCACCAUCGGUCCUUGAUUUUGUAGCCUCCUUUAGCUCCCUCAAACUAGUGUAGGCCAUGCUGAUGGUUUUAGCUCUUUGUUUCACCUCCAAAGACACACUUACUUUUACUUCCAGGCUCCGCCGUGAUGGCAACAAAAAAAAAAGAAAAAUUAUUCUUCUUGUGCUUUUUAUUGACGCUCAGCGAAAUGAAAAUGCUAACUGCUAGCAUAACAGGUAACAGUCAUUAUGCAGGAAAAGAGCUCCCCCUAUAGGGCACCUGCCUGCGGCUGCAGAGAGCUGUUCAGGGCGAAGAUGGUGAAGUGUGUACUCACACAGUCACUUAAACCCCUUUGAACGAAUUUAGCUUAAAGUGUUAAAACUGUUUAGUGUUACUUUAAUUCAAACAAAUUUAAUCACAGAGGUAAACUCUUCUGUACACCUUUACAUUGUCAUCAGUGUCUAGUUAUGUGGCUUUUUGUUAAGAAAUGUAUGGUAUUCAAGCACAGUUAGCUGUAACGCUUCUGGCAAGGAUAUAAUUUUUUUUCUCGGAAUAACAUUAUAUAAACCGAAGACAAUCUAAAGGCUUAGACUUUUUUUAGAUUGGUGUUUUAGGGUGGCAGAAAGGCACUUUAGUUAGUCCUUGCUCAGACUAGUCAUUAGCUAAGCUGUUGGCUCGUCUACCAGGUUAGUUUGAUAUUUCUGCCAAUUAAACAGAUUAUUGAGGCAAAUGUGGUCUAAUUGUUUACAAGAUAUGCAAAAACUGCUUAGAAAAUGUGUAUAUUGGAGGUUUUUUUUAAGAUGACAGAAAUGCACUAGUCUGUUUCAGACUAGCCCUUAGCUCAUCCGUUUGGUCAGAAAUAACCAGUAGAUCCCUUCAAAGAGCUAUCUACAACAAACGAGAAUAUAAUUGUUUAUGUUAGUCAUCGGAAAAGAUCUAAACUAUCACUUUUAAGAAAAUAAAAAUGACAAAUUGUGUGGGAUUAGGCGUUAUGUCUUUCACCAAUGCCUUUGUUAAACCAAAGCCCAAGUCUGAGAUUAUUGCAUAUUGUUUUUAAAUGUCAUGAGGUGCCAAAUGAUGUCCAAUGUGACACUAAAGGAUAUUAAAACUUGAGAAAACAAGAAUUCACCAAUUUUUGGUUCAUUUUCUCCUUUUCCUGAAUCUACUCCGUCUGUCCCCUGCUUUCUCCAUGUCCUUCCGUCCAUAAACCACCAAGUCUCCAGCACCACUUGAAGGUGACGUGUACUAUCUGGUAUUGAGGCCUUUAUUAGUUUAUUUUUUUCCAGUUUGUGUGGUGUUUGUUCUAUGCCGUCGAGAUGGAAAAAUGCUCUUAUAAGUAUUAUUGUUUUGGCAUUAUGGGUAAAAAAAGAAAAAGACAAGAAACGUGUUGUUGAAUGUUGUACAGAUAGCACUAGAGAUGUUGUGUUUUUGUUUGUUUUUUAAUUUUUUGGUUGUUCAAGAGAGCACAAACCUGAGCGAUGGCCCCUUCAACUCCUCCCACUGGCAGAUAGGAAUCAAACUGCUAACCAGUCAUUGCACUUUGGACAAUAGUCUCACUAACAUGAAUCGGUUAUUGCUCAGAAUGCAAAAUAUAUAUAAAACCCCUCUAAAACGAUGUGGAAUCAGUGAAGGUUUGUCUUAAAUUUCAUCAGUAAUUAGCAGAUGGUGAAGCUAAUUAACCCUUAAAGAUUAAGCACUGUUUUAUUCUCACAGCCCUUCUGAUCACCACAUGUUGAUCAAAACAUAUAUUUGCUAUUCAUCAUUUUUAAAGGAAACAAACGUUCCCUGUGCACGUUUCCAUGUGAAACACUUGUGAAAUGACAAAUCCUUGUGAGGUGAAGGUGCCACGCUGUGUUUGGGCUCUCGUGUAGUUGACUGCCAUUGCAGUGAGGGAAAACUGACCUAACAUAGUAGUGACUAAUAUAACUUUGUGGACAAAUGGAUAAAAAAAAUAAAAAAAACAGAUUAGAAAUAAAUACAAGCAGAAUAA